AUGGACGGGUCGUACGGAAUGAGAACCGUUUUGAAUUCCUCCCGAGUUGAGGAGGAGCCUAAAUACGGCCUGAACCCAGCAGACCUUUCGCACAAUAGCAUGAGUGCAAACUACAUGAUGAAUGGAGCAGUGUUGACCAAUGGUUACAACACUAGUGAUUAUGUCCUUAAUAGAGAAAGCUACCCAUCUGAGAUGAUGCCACAAUUUAAAAUAGAUCAGGGGGGAAAUGCAUACAACAACACAAUGCCAAUGAACAGUAUCAUACACACAGAUCCAAAUGAAUCCAUAAGUAUGCAAGGAAUGAAUACAGGUUUGGAAACGACCAACGGAUUUGAUAGUUAUAGAAACUUAAUGAAUUAUAACAACACACAAAACACAAUUCAAGCUAGCCAAGUUCCAUUCAAUUUGGACGAUUAUAAUUCAGGGUCAGAUAUCAUGUACAUGAAUCAACCAACCACAGGUGAUAAUUUCUCCCCUGAUUACUUCAACAACAUGCGAACGACAGAAACGGAUCCUAUGACCUAUGCGAACAAUUUUAACAUUCCUAAUGGAAAUUUCAACACCAUGCUGAGUGAAAAUAAUAAUUAUAAUAGCUUGCCUUAUUCUAUGCCCAUCUUUGAAAAUAUGAAUAACCCUCAGAUGUACAUGCACCAGAUGAAUCCAAAACAGACUUUCACUGGGCCGACACCUAAAAUGGACCGUACCUGCAGCAUUAGGAAAAUGCCUGUUGUUAGUAAGAGGAAGAUUAAGCCGAAGAAAUUCUUCCCAUGUUGUUAG